AUGUGGCAUUGCUCUUUCUCUUCCCUGUCACUUUGCUGCUUACUCUUACUAUCAACAAUAAUUCCUACACAUUGUUACCUGAUUUCCCCAUCAUUGUUAGACUUAAUCAACUCAACCUGCAAAGAAUGCUCCGAUAAGUCGGCAGACAUAAACUACGACUUCUGUGUUACUUCACUCCAACCAAUUCCUGUAACUCAUGUUACCAACUUACAAGGAGUAGGAAUUGUAGCAAUGGAGCUGGCUCUAGCAAAUGCCACCAACACGAUAUCGACCAUAGAGCACAUGCUCAGUAGCAAAGAGUUUGAUCCUUUUGCUAUUGACUGCUUAAAAGAUUGCUUGGAACUUUAUGCAGAUGCUAUUGCCAUGCUGGUGGAUGCUUUUACCGCGUUCUUGUCUGAGCAUUUUGAUAUAGCUACUGUACUAAUGAGGACAGUUAUGGAUGCGGCAUCAACAUGUGGUGAAGGGUUCACUGAGAAGAAAGGAGAGUUGAUACUACUAGCAAAGGAGAAUUACAAUCUCUUCCAAUUGAGUGACAUCUCGUCAUGCAUCAUCAAACAAGUUUCAUUUGUCCCUUCUCAACCUCCUAAUGUAUCUUCUUAAGAUGUAGCAGUCAAUUGUAUACUGCAUGAAACAUCAAAAAGUGGCUAAGUUGUUGUAGAAAUACUGAUCAGCAAGUCUUGUUA